CGAGGGGUCGCCACGUUCAUUGGGUGAGGCAGAGAACGGGGCGUGGCCUGGCCUGAAGCGGGAGCGCAGUUCAGGCGCCUGGACAGCCGGGGGUUAGAGGCAGAGUGGAGCCGACACUGAGGCGCUGAGACGUCCGAUCCCGGCGAUGAUUUCCCUCACCUUGUUCCCUCCGCCCAGCACCGACGGCCGCGUCACCCUGUACGAGCUCAACAACGAGCUGGUGACCGGCCCCCACAGUGAAGCGGACGUGCAGGCUUUCCACCACCAGGUUCUCCGGUUACCUCCCGUAGCCAUCCAGAAGGACUGUCUGAAACAACACAGCCGGUCCGAGUACUGCACCAAGGCAGCUUUCAUACACCACUGCGAGUCCGUCUGGAAACGCAGCGCCAAUGCCUGGCAUGAAGCGGGACUCGCUGGCUUGCUCUGCGAGAUUACAAAGUCUGUCGAUGAAGCCCCGCGCUGGUUGAGGACAAUCUCUGCUUUUGCCUUGACGAUUUGCCACUGGGCUGCUUCACUACAUGGCUCCCUGUCUCCACACCUCACUCUCAGCACUGAGGCUCUGCUGUCCGAAUACUCCCAGGCGACAAACUGGUGA